UUUCAUUCAAAAUGCGGCUGGCGUUUUCUGUCAGUGUACAUACCUCGUGGUGUUUUGUAAAUCAGUAAUUAUCGUAAAUGCAGGAAUGGGUCGAAAAAUUCAUUUAAUUGAAAAGCGUAUUAAAGGUCCUGGCCGAAAAUCGAAGAAACAGAAGGAUCCAAUUUUCACGAAUGAGACUUUGAAAGGUUUGAAGGAGGAGGAUGCACCAACAAAAAUUUCCCACAAACAAAAAAUAAGAGCAAAGAAACGAGAAUCGUCUGCUGCAGAACAAAUUGUGUUGAAAUCAAAAGGCAGUGCACGUAAUACUAAACCAAGGAAAGUAGAACAUGAGCAAAAACCAAUGUGCAUUGUCUUGCAAGAUGAGAGUAAUUUAUCACUUAAAUCAAAAGUUUCUCAAAACAGUAAAACGUUCAAAGUCGAAAAAAAGAAAAAUAAUGUUACUUUCAAAGAAUUUCAAAAAUAUCCUGAAUUAAUACGAGAUAUCUUAGCUAGUGACGAUGAAGAUACAGCUGAUCGUUUAGUAAAAGAGUCAAGGAUAGCAAAAUAUAACAAUUUUUUAAAAUCGGAUGAUUCCGGAAGUGAUCCCGAAGAAUUAAAGGAGGAUGAGUCGAUGUUACUAUUUGAACAUGCCGGGAAAAAACUUAGAAACAAACGAGCACAAAAAGAUCAUCUGUCUCGAGAAGAAUUAGAGUAUUCAAUAGUGAACAGAGAGAAAUUCGUAUUUCCGUCUAAUAACCAGGUUGCAACAGGGACUUUACAAGACAUUCAUAUACGAAUCAAAGAUGUAAUUGGAGUUUUGGUAGACUUUUCAGUUAAUCGCGAUGAGAACUAUUCCAGAGCUGAAUAUAUAGAUUUGUUAUGCAAAGAUUUAUGCGCAUACUAUUCGUAUAAUAUGUAUUUCAUGCAACUUUUGUUGAAACUAUUUCCUCCCAAUCAAUUACUUGAAUUCUUAGAAUCUUCUGAAAUUCAAAGACCAUUGACAAUUCGUACCAAUAGUUUAAAGACUCGUCGUCGUGAUUUGGCACAAGCUUUGAUUAAUCGAGGUGCCAAUUUAGAUCCCCUAGGAAACUGGUCGAAAGAAGGGUUGGUUGUGUACACUUCGCAGGUUCCUUUAGGUGCUACUCCGGAAUAUCUAGCUGGACAUUAUAUGAUUCAAGGUGCUUCGAGUAUGUUGCCAGUUCUUGCCCUUGCUCCUGAAGAAAACGAACGAAUUUUAGAUCUAUGUGCAGCUCCUGGCGGAAAGAGUUCACACAUUGCAGCACUUAUGAAAAAUACCGGUGUUCUUUUUUCAAACGAUGUAAAUAAGGAACGGCUUCAGGCUGUGGUCGGCAAUUUUCAUCGGCUGGGGAUUCAAAAUUCAAUAAUAACAAAUUUAGACGGUACAAAAUACGCUCAAGUUAUGAGAGGUUUCGAUCGAGUUUUGCUUGAUGCUCCUUGUUCUGGCUCUGGAGUUAUUUCAAAAGAUCCUAGUGUUAAAACAACUAAAACUGAGAUCGACAUCCAAAGAUGUUACAAUCUGCAGAGAAAGUUACUGUUAACGGCUAUCGACUGUCUCAGUGCUACUUCAGAAUCAGGAGGAUUUCUUGUGUACUCGACUUGCUCGAUAUUACCUCAAGAGAAUGAAUGGGUCAUUGAUUAUGCUCUCCGAAAACGAAACGUUAGGCUAGUGUCAACGGGAUUGGAUAUAGGAACGGAGGGCUUGGUGAAUUUCGCCGGAUAUAAGUAUCAUCCAUCAAUGAAGCUAACACGUCGUUUUUAUCCUCAUACUUAUAACAUGGACGGAUUUUUUGUUGCAAAGUUACAAAAGUUUUCAGAUGUUCACCCUAGUAAGGUAUUGAAUAACGACGAAGAUCAAAUAGUUGAAGAGAAUGAAAACAGCACCAUCGAAAGUCCUAAUAAAAUCGACAGAAGAAAUUGGUAUUUCAAAGACAUUGCUGAAAAACGACCAAAAAUUCGAGUGGAUUCAAAACAUGUGGUAAAGAUAUUUCAAAAGCCACUCAAGAGAAAGAAUACAUCUGCUGAGGUCACUAACAACUGGUUGAAACAAUAAAGAAGAGCCUGUUUUUGGUUGAACAAAAAAUGUUGCGGGUCUGACAGGAAGUUAGAUCACAAUUGUUUCUUUUAUGGGCAUAUUUUUUUGAAGCAGAGAAUACGAAAUAAUGUAGAAUGAAUAAUAAUAAAAUUUAAUAUAACCUUCAUAUGGUGAAUCUUAGGA